CACGGCGCUUCGUCGGCUUCGUACUCGAAGCUUAGGAGCAGAUAGCGCGAAGCAUGCGCUGUGCUGAAGAGCUCGGGAAAGCUAAGCGCCUCCGCCAGCGGUCUACCUCAGCCGAUGAGCCGCCGAAGAAGAGUGUGAAAGGAGGAAGCGACGAGCGUCUCCCGUUUGCCGGUGAGGACAGCCUGGUCGCAGUCAAGUUGAACUCUUGGUUUGGGCCUACGCUAGCCCGCGUGAAGGAGGAGCUGAUACAGAACGGUGGUAGUGGCCUUGGAAAUCAAGGAUCUGCCAAUCACAGUGUGGCCGCACCCAAAUCAAGUGCCGCGACGGCCCUUUAUCGUCGCGAAAGAAGUGCCCAGCCGAGCUCAAGCAUCAGCCGCCCUGAUAACGAAGGGCAUCAUGCAAGCACUAAUGCUGACACACGAAGGUUGUUCGACGAGCACCCACAGCCACGCAAGGUCGCCAUGUCACCCGUGGCUGAUGGCCCCGCAAUGCGACCCACUGUAUUGAGGUUUGGAAGUCGUGCCCCCAAAAGUGGAGGUCAAUGUUCGCGCCAUUUUAACGGCCACGACAACGGUGGUAGGGUGGUUAUAACUCCCCCUUCCGAAGCCGCAUCAAAGGCGGAGUUUCCGGUGCAAGAAGUCACGAGAUCCACUUCCGUUGAACAAGAUAUUCCUAAGUUCAAAAGUUCUGGCGAACAAAGCGUGCUGGACCGUGUGCUGAACGAGCGCCUUCAGCACUUUCAUGCCCGCUGGCGGGCUGCACAGCAGAUUCUGGACGAGAUUGGUGCUCGGUUUGCCCCUCCCAGGCGCCAGACAGCUAUGCCCGCCAUCGUCGCUUACAGGCAAUGGCCGUGGCAUAACAGCCAACGGCAUAAGAGAGCUGCUUCAGAAUCUUUGGAGCAGCCAGCCCCUCGCCAACCGCGGGAACCAGACUCCGGGUCUCAGAGCCCAGUGGAAGAGCACACGGUUCCUCCCACGUCGUUUGACGCGGAGUUUAAGCGCCCCUACCCGGUGUCCAAGGAGUCUACUGUGCGUUUGCAGCACCGCACUGCGGCGGCAGACGAGCGUGCUGUGAUCGCUACGAAGGCGGCGGCUUCUUCAGAAGAGAGAGAAAGUGAUGGCAGUGAAUCGCCUCCGGAAGGCGAGGCUCCCUAUUCGCAUUACCUGGUCUCCUUGUCCACGUUUGUGCACCAACGGCAGCCGGUUCUCUUUCCGCAAGUCGAGAGCUUCCUGCACUCUGUCCUCGACGUGCAUCGCACCAUCUCCGAAGAACCUGUGGAAGUGCUGGACGCGUUGUGCACUCAAAGUGAGCGGGUGUGUUGCUGGCUCCUGGCUUACCAGGAUACCAUGAACAGAAUGAUGGCCCCUUAUGAAGUCGAAGUCGUCGAGGUGCACCCGGGAUCCUACACCAUGCGCCACCUCGGCGACACCUUUCCCAAGCAGGCCACCGCCGAGUCGAUCCGCGAGAAAGCACAAGGAAUGUGCAUAGGGGAUAAACAGUUUGUCCACGAGCGAGAGUGCCUCGUCACGUGGAUGUUGCGAGUGCAUUGCUGCAUUCAGCGGCUGCACCUUGACCUGACUGCGGUGGCAGGGUCACCGGGUGAGUUCUGCCGACGGUUUAGGCUGCACGAAGGCUACAGGGUCGUCGAACUCGGAGUCAGUGGAACAGCGUCGCCCAGAAGGCCGCUUCCUUUUUCCCUUCCUUGGUCACGUGUCCCGCCUUACCGAGCUGUCGCUCUUCGGGCUGUACCUGCUCCUCCCCGAGGACAACUUCCGCCUCGCCGCUCUUGUUGCCUCCAACGUGCUCCUCCGGAAGCUCUCAUUGAAGCGGUGCCACAUAGCCGACAGCAACUUGGCCGGACUGAUCGAUGCGGCCGUGGGUCUGCCACUCCUUGAAUGUUUCUCCCUUUCUCUGUGCAACGCCGGACUCUGGUUCAAACGAAGCCAACAGCUGGCGCUGCUGCUGGCGAGCUC